AUCAUCUAUACUUGGAUUGCCCAAAACGGUAUAGCCCAAACACCCCAGAUCAUCUCCGGCAGAAACUGCUGAGUCACCCACCAAUGCUCACCGCCCUCUCGUGCUCGGCGCAAAAGCUGAGACGCUCAUGGCGAGCUGUUGCUGGCACUGCUUGAUUUUAUACAAGUUAUCACUUCGCAUUGACCCCUGCCACUUCUAGUUUCUUGUUAUCCGGUUGUCAUACGCAGGUUUAAGUCAACAUGCCUCUCAUCAACGAAUCCCACGAUUCACUUCCUUACAUCGAACCGGCCCCUUCCACCCAGGCACGAGCAGCUGCAGAAAAGCUAAUUGCCGCGGAGCUUUCUUUGGAUGCCAAAACGACCAUCCACCCGUCCAUUCCUGCUUUUCCUGAGUCACGGUUUUCUCCACUCAUCCAGCAGGAGGUGGACCGCAAGGCUGCCGGACUGCCCUUGACUGGCGGAAUCGACCUCUCCCGCUAUGAAGCGCCUGAGGCGCCUGCUAAAGCCGCUGACGGAACCCCUGAUCUGGAGGAAUGGCGACGGACACUGCAGAAGGCUUACACGGCCAGCUCCCAUUUAUCGAUGCGGCACGAGAAUCUGGCGCUGCUAGAAGAGAAUGGAAAGAAUGCCUGGCUGAUUGGCAAUUCACAGCUUGAAGACAUCCUACGGGGGCUUGAGAAGGAAUUGGCCGAGAUGAAGGAGGCUGCCGAAUCUGUGAACAAGGAGAGAAAGCUCGCCCAGGAAGCCAACAAGGGAGAGAUUGUGGGGCUGGAGGAGACCUGGAAGCGUGGUGUUGGUGCGAUUCUCGACGUGGAAUUGGCUGCAGAGGGGCUGCGCAUGCAGAUCUUGGAGCAGAGGCGUCAACUGGCGCAGCAGCAUGCGCAGCAGUAACGGGUUUUCUCCGUCAACCCACAAUUUCUAGGACGGGCACUCGCUCGGCCAAGGUGUAUGGAGUCGCACUGUUGGCCGGGUGAAAGGAGGGCAUUGCUUGGUAGAGAAGCCGCUUUGGUAAUCGGCGAGUUACCCAGCUCCUUGGGGCCUUAAAAUGCAGCUUCCGCGGUUGUUAUUGGGCCUGACCAAAGUUGAACACGACAAAGACGAAGCUGCAUUCGACCCAUAUAAGA